AUGGCCUUAUACUGGUCAACUCUCCCCAACGUCUCGAGGAGGAUUCCUUCUCUACACACAUCAGCGCUGACAACUCCAGUAUCAUUCUCCGCCCGCCUUUCACCGACCGGGUCCGAUCUACGUAGGGCCCAGCCAUGCGUUCGCACAUCAGUUCCGAUCGAGAGGAGCCUAUGGGGUAGCUUCACUCACCAGCAGAUCUUCAUGAAGAACUUCAUCGUCGGUCGCUACAGGGAGGCGAAGCAAAAGAAAAAGACGUGGAAGAAAUCGAACGCGGCGGUGUGCUUGUACGUGUACCCGGGAGGCGUCGUGACGUUGUGCUUGCACCCCAACGACCUGCAGCAAGCGUGGCGCUGGGGGCUAGACAAAGAGGAACCCCUGGUCGCCGUCACAAAAGACGAGUUCUUCGAGAGCUUCCAGCGAGGAGACUGGCGCCACUCUCUCGUCACCCUCCCCGCCACCUCAUCCGAGCGGGCACAUCUUGUGGCGGCCAUCAGGCAGAAGCGCAAGGUCGAGAUCGCCAUCGUCAACAACCGCACUCUGCGAGACGUGGAGUACUUUAACUCUCUGCAUGACGUCCGUCGCCAGGCCAUCGCACGACACGAGGUGAUCAAUGGAUCCAGAACUAACGAAAAGGGCAAAAGUCCAGGCAUGAAUUGGGUCGAGCUUGUAUUCGCGCACAAACCCAGCUACGUUGCUACCGUGGAUUUCUCGGGUUACGUUAAGAAGCCUUCCGCGCCCUGCAACUGCGGCACUUCGUGCGAGGGUUCGAUGGAUGACGACUCGAUCAGCAGCGAGGGCACUAGCGGCGCCAGUGGCGCCAGCCGUUCCAAAGGCGACUGCGGUGCUAGCGACGCCAGCGGGGUCAGCGGCUCCAGCGGGCUCUCCGGCGCCAGCUGCGACAGCGGUGAGGACGGUGAUGAAUCGUCGUCUGGCGGUACCGCCCCCAGCCCGCGCCCCUCGCUCGGCCCUGUCUCAUCCUCGACGGACAACGACGAGGGUAGCGACGACACUUCUAGCAGCGACUUCAGCCUCACGCGCGUCGGUCGAACCACCGCAGAGUGUGCCGUUGGUACUCAAGGACCAACGGCCGACCACGGCGCCCCAGCAACCUCUUCUCUCCGCCGCCGACCAUUCCGACGCGUGGCGGCAAUGGCGACGCGACCGGAGGCGCGGGGCGGGGCGGGUGCCACGGUGGUGGGUACGGACACGUCCGCGCAGCAAGAGCUGUCCAGUAGGUCCAACUGGUCCACAGUUGGAUCCUCGCAUGGUGGAGCGUUGGUGGCACGGGGCAGCAGCCGCAACAACAGACGCGUUGGCAGCGUGGCAAGCGGCAGCGGUGGAGACAGCGACGGCUUCCACGCGACGAUGCGUACCACCCGCAGAAGGGAACCCUGGGCCUGUCAACCCCCGACAACGGCCGCAACGAGCCGAACCAGCGUCACCAGCACCACCGCCAGCGACGUGCGUAGGAGUGCGCUUGUGACUAGGGACAGCUCUUCGAAGUCGGCGUGCAAAGAGAGCCCGGGCGGCGGGUUUGAGGGACGCAGGGACGGGAACGUUCCCACAGCUAGAGCGACGAGCGGCGCGGUACUGCAGUCGGCGGCCAGCCUGGCUCGCAUGUCCCGAUUUAUCAGCGGUGGAGCCGCCGCCGCCCCCCGUAUGGUUUCUUCAUCGGCGGCACGCUUGUCAGCGCCCACGAUUGGCAACGGUGCCAAACGCUGCGAGAUGGCGGUGCCCGACAUCACUCGCCCGACGUCCCCCUCGGCGGCUUGGAAGAUGGACACCCCGUCGGCAUUGACCGCGGGAGCUUCGACCCUCGUAUUGGGUGCAAUUCUCGACCGCGUCCGCACCAUCGAUUGUGUUGGCGCCAGGGGGGCCCAAGAUACCCCAUCGACAACGACCGCGGGAGCUUCGACCCUCUUAUCGGGUGCACCUCUCGACCGCACCCGCACGGCUGGCUGUGUCGGCGACAGCGGAAUCCAACACACCCCAUCGACAUCGACCGCGAGAGUUUCGAACCUCUUAUCGGGUGCACCUCUCGAUCGCGCCCGCACCACCGGCUGUGUUGCGGUUGUAGCCAAUGGCCCGAAGGACGACACGAUUGUCGGCGAGAGGGGGGGCGGCAGCGAUACCGAUCGAUUCGGCGUCACCAGUGUAGGAACGCCGUUGCCCACCACCCUGGUGAUCGCGGAAGGCAGCGAUGGCACUUGCAAGGGGCUGGCCCUCGCGGAUCGCAGCCUCGUCUUCGGCACGUUGUCGGAGAGCGACGGGGAAUGGGCGGAGGAAGAGACGAAAGAGGAAGGACACCUCCGAGAGGAGAAGUACAACGAACCCCAGGCGGACCCUACCAACACGCGAUCCCAAGCAAUGGUGUCUGGAAAAGGCACGGCACCAUCUAACCCAGGAGAAGUGACCUCCAACGCUGCAACCGAGGCCAGCCCGUCGACCCCACCAUCCCCUUCCGUGAGCCCCGUCCCGACAGCGAACGGUUCUGUGGUGGGCUCCCCUAAUAUGCGAGCGACCGCGCAGUCGGAGUCUUCCACGUCAUCUGCACCCCCCCAAUCAGAGCAGGCACCGGUUCUGGUCGACACGGCGGAGAACAUGGGCGCAACGGACGUCCAACAAAAGAAACCGGUGAGGUUGCCUCAAGCAUCCCGGCCUUCUCCGGCGUUCCCGUCUCCUCCUUUGGGACAGGUGGAGGCCUUGGUCGCGAUGGCAGGCCGCAAGGACGGAGUCGGCUUGCAAGAGACGGACAUGCCGGGGGCGACUCGAUACCCCUCGCUGUGUUCACCGUCCUCAUCGCAACUAUCAAACCGGGUAGUGGCAAGGGGGAUGAUAUGGAAGAACGACGCGACCGGCGUGCGAGACAGGGAAGAGCCGGCCGAACCAUUACGAUCACCUUCGACGCCCCCGCUUGCAUCGUCGUCCCCGUCUUCCUUGUCCUCUCCGUCGGGCCAAGCGAUCUCUCUACCCGAGGCCGCCAUCGGGGGAGUUGCCAUGGGGGUGGUACAGAAGAACGACACGACCGGCGUGCAAGACACGGAGGAGCCGGCGGGGCCUUUUCGUUCACCCCCGACGCCCCCGCUUGCAUCGUCAUCCCCGUCUUCCCUGUCCUCUCCGUCGGGCCAAGCGAUCUCUAUACCCGAGGCCGCCAUCGGGGGAGUUGCUAUGGGGGUGGUACGGAAGAACGACGCGACCGGCGUGCAAGACAGGGAAGAGUCGGCCGGGCCUUUACGAUCACCCUCGACGCCCCCGCUUGCAUCGUCAUCCCCGUCUUCCCUGUCUUCUCCGUCGGGCCAAUCGAGCUCUCUGUCCGAGGUCGCCGCCUGGGGGGAGACCGCAGUCUCCGAGGAAGAGGUGCACCUGCUGGACAUAGAGCUGGCGGUGCGGCGGAAGGACGGGGCUCUGCAAGAGGCGCAAUGCCAGAUCGAGCUGCUGCUGCGAGAGAAGGGCGCGGCCUCGGACGAGGCGGCACGGGACACGACGUCUCAGCUGCGGGAGAAGGACGAGGCUCUCAAGAUUGCGGAGGAGACGUUGGGGCGGGCGGACGAACGGCAAAGGGAACUGAGCACGCAGUUGGCCAAGAGCUUGCACGGGGUGAGCCUCAGGGAAACGGAGCUGGAGACCGCCCUGCGGCAAAGGGGGCAGGAGGACAAACGGGGCAACGACGAGAACAAGAAAAUCCGGGCCGCGAUGCGGCAGGUUGAGGAGGAGUCAGCCUUGGCUCACACGAGGUUCGAGUCUCUGCGCGAGCAUGCGACGCGGGAAGUGUCAGCCGCGCAGCAAAAGGCGACAGAGAAAGUCCGGCGAGCCCAAUUGAGGUACGAGUCUCUGUGCGAACGCACGCUGAGGGAGUCGGCGGCCGCGGAAGCAAGGGCGAACCGGGAAGCCGAGGCUGUCCAAGAGAAGGCGCGGGAAAAGGCACGAGGCGCCGAUGACAGAUACGACGCUCUGCACGUGCACACCGCCGACAAGCUCGCUGAACGCGAACAGGCGGAGCGACAACUUUCGCAAUCGAACAAGAAGAUGGAGAGAGAAGUCCUCAGGCUUACCAAAGAGGUGGGAAAGUUGGUCAUGCUCGCGAAGCAAAGCGAGCUGAAGGCAGAAACGGUCGAAGAGACAGAGAACCUGCGACGAAAGCUUGCCGCCGCUGAGUUCGAAAGCGCGGCAGAUCUCGCCGAGACACGUCUGACGGCGGACAGCAAGGAACAAAAGGAUGCCGUAGAGAGUGUAAAGCAGGGAGAGCUGAAGUAUGCCGAAUGCCGAGCGGCAGCGGACACCCGAUUUGCGGCUGCGGAGGCACGUGUGACAGACCUCAACGAGAGGCUCGCCGAUAUGAUGCAGCAGGCAACAACGACGGCAGGAGCAGCUAGCGAGCACGCCCUAAUGCUGCAGGAACGAGUUGAGGCGCUCGGCGAGGACCUCGAGGAGAUGGCUGACCACGCUGCCGCUGCGGACGACCGAUCUGCGGCUGCGGAGGCGCGAGUGACGGACCUCAACGAGGGAAUCGCCGUUCUGCAGCGGCAGGCAACAGUGGCAGCAGGAGACGCAAGUGAGCACGCCGCGAUGCUCCAGGAGCGAAUUGGGUUACUCGGCGAGGACCUUGCAGGGAUGACUGACCGUGCUGCCGCUGCGGACGUCCGGUCUACGGUUGCGGAGGCUCGAGUGACGGAUCUCAACGAGGGAAUCGCCGUUCUACGGCUGCAGGCAACAGUGGCAGAAAGAGAAGCAAGCGAGCACGCCUCAAUGCUUCAGGACCGAAUUAAGUCCCUCGGCCAGGACCUUGAGAGGAUGCCUGACCGCGCUUCCGCUGCGGAAGCUCGAUCUACGACUGCGGAGGAACGUGUGGCGGACCUCAACGAGAGGCUCCACGCUCCGCAGCGGAGGGCGACAGCAGUGACGGCGGCAGGAGAAGCAAGUGAGCACGCUUCGAUGCUUCAGGAAGGAGCCGAGGCACUCAGCCAAGACCUUAGGGGGAUGACUGACGCCACUGUCGCCGAAUCGAGAGCCGCGUUGCUUGCUACGAGCGCAGGCUUCUCCGCGGCGGGAGCUGGGACAACGAACGAGUACAACAACGACGACGAGCUCAUCAACAGGGCCCUCGAGAGAGUGGCGAGCGUAGAUGUCUCUAUCGCGAGGUACACGGAGGCGAGCGCAGAACUCCUGAGCGCCGCUGACCGGGCUCCCGAGGUAAUAACGCACGAGACACCCCGUUCUCGAGCCCGAUCGCAAGGGAUCGAGGUCGCGGCGGUCGGGCGAGUAGCGGGAGCGGAAGUGAGGGCAGUAGAGCUAGGACUCGGCAACGCCCGCCUCCGUGCGCUCGCCGUGGCGGGCAACGAGGAGAGCAAGGAAGAGGAGGUGGACGAGGAGGUCCGAGCUCGGCGAUUCCACCUGUCUGCCGAGAAUUCGCACUCCGAGCGCGAGGUCGCCUACGGAAACGCUUCGCCGCACGAGCGGGCCCGCUGGGAGGCCGACGCGCGGCUUGAGGGUACCGUCGAGGGCGAGGCGGAGAAGGAGAGCGCCAACGGCUGCCACUGGCGGGCCGCGAUGGCAGACCUGGCGAGAUCGACGUGAGGAUGGAAAGGCUGCAGGCCAUCAUCGAGGCAGGGGGAGAGUGGCUGCGGCUGCAACACUUGAACGACGAGGAGGGAUAGGGCUACGAGUCGGCGGCGAGCAGC